AUGUCUACCGCUUUGCUAAAAACCUCUGAGGAAUUCAUGCAGAACAACAUCAUCCAGGUUAAUGAUAGCGUUCUAGCCGAUCUAGACUUGCCCGAAUGCCCAAUUUGCCAUUGCGAAUUCGGAGUGGAUGAUCCCGCGAUUCAAAUUACUGGGAUUACUGGAUGCAGCCACAUCUUUGGCCGGAGCUACCUUGCUGACUGGUUCUCAAGCAACAAUCCUAAUGUGGACACUUGCCCCUUAUGUAGGACUAAGCUAUACAGAGGGAACGGGACGAGGGGACGGGACGAAACUCAUCGACAUCAACGCUGUUUGGUGGCCCCACGUGCGAUGCAGGAGGCUAGGAGGGAGCUAAACGGAGCUCGCCAACGGGAGGUAGUGGCCGCACGAGAGGCGCGGGAGGCUGAGCAGCGCGGCCAGGAGAUGCAGGAGCAGUUACAGAACACUGUACGGGAGGGACAGGAGGCUAGGCGAUCUUUUUCCGAAGCGCUUGAAGCCCUUUUGAAUGACCUGGAGGCUGAGGGUGGUGGCUCGGAGGCGGAGCGCGAGAGGUUAGAGCAAAGACUCGUUCAGUUGCGAGAAAUAGAUCAAUCGAUCGAAGACGUCCUGAGGGAUCGUUGA